CACGUGGUCGAGAUGACAAUUCUCACCCAGCAGAUGAUUCUUUUGUAUGAAUAUACGUUUACUGGACACCUUGCGAGCGCAAAGUAUAACUGUCAAUUCACAUCACUCAAUACUAAAUCAAAAUAUGUGCGUAUAUUUCGAGACAUCCAUACCCAAUAUUCCCAAAGUAAAGCAUUGACACUCUGUUAAUUUUACUGUACUCAUGCUACCCUUCCUCAAAAACUACGGCCGAAAACGUGCCUCUAAAACGAUAAUAAACAAUGUACUAAUUAGUUCGGCAUAAACGCACUGUAAUGGGUGCGGCGUACAAUGAUUUCAGCGCAUGUUAAAGAAACAGUGUGGGAUGACUGCUAUAUAGCAUAUUGCAUUUGUUAUUGCAGGCCUUGUCGUGUACCCAAAGCUUCUGGAAAGCAGGACAGAUGAUGGCCGCCUCAUCUUACACGUUCACGAUAAUAUGGUUCUCACUCUGGAAAAGAGCUCUAUAUUGGGAAAGCAUUUACACUUUGUGUCUUCGUCUCUUGAAGAUUCCCAUACAUCCAUACUAAACGGGGAAGAACUACAAAGAAACUUGUAUCAUGAUAUCACGCAUACGUCGUCUCUGAUCGUUGACAGUGCAGGAGGCCGUCUACAAGUGCGAGGAAUUCUCACCCACAAGUUUAGAAUCGCUCCGGUUGUAGUGUCGAGCCGAUCCAGUACUCAAGCUAAUGCACAUGAGGUCGUCGAAAUCCUAGAAGAUUCAGCACAAAGCAGCGACAACAGUAGCAGCGAAGAUAUGGAAGAGGCCGAGCGCUUGUACUGCGAGCCUAUAGAGCCUGGAGAGGCAGAAGUGACACAGGAUAGACCUGAAGAAUUUAUCGUGGAAAUGUGCCUUCUGGCAAGCAGAACAUAUGCGAGUGCUUUUAACACAACACAAGAUCUCGUGGAGUAUUUUGCAGCAAUGCUGAAUUGGGCGGCACUGCGAUACACUGACAUGGAAUAUCCUAAGAUAUCGUUUCAACUCAACGCAGUUAACUUGGUUGAGGAGUCACUUCUGUAUGGAAGAGAAGUUUGUGGCAAACCUGCCAAUUCACUAGAUGACGACAAAGCCCCCAGUGUCUGCGGUUUUGAUGCCGAAGAAGCAUUAAACAAGACCACCGUAUAUGUAAAUGCAUGUGUCAACGCAAUUUGUGAUAUUGUUUACCACGUGACCAGUAAGGAAUUGACUUUUAUGGACAAUGGCACUCUCAAUACUGCGGUCGAAGGUAUGGCUUCCACAGGUGGAGUUUGCACAAUGGAUAGAGUCUGCAUUGGAGAAGACCAACCGAACAUGUACACUGGACUCGUAACAUUGGCACAUGAAAUUGGGCAUUCACUAGGCAGCGAGCAUGAUGGAUGUCCGGGUGCCGAGGAUUGUCCUGCGAUAUACGGAAACCUAAUGACCGGCAUAAACAAAGGCAUGCAAAACAAGUCGAGGCUUUCGAAUUGCAGUAAAGAACAGAUACGUCAUUUAGUCAACCGACUACCACCGUCAUGUAUACACGUCAACACAACAGCAAAUUUCACGAACAACUUCUAUCCAGGAGAGAACAUCACUCAUGAAGCCCUUUGUAUGAUGAUGCACCCUGAUGCACAAGAUGUAGUGGCUUCCACGCCGGAGCAUGCCUUGGAAUGUGAGAUUGAAUGUUGCUGGAAUGUGACGCACACCUUUGAAGAUGGAAAUAUUUCCGGUGGCUUAGAGGCCGAGGCUCGUGACGGUGCGGAGACUACAACUGACUAUGACUACUUAUAUAGCGACGGAGCAAAUACUGUUUGUUCAUAUCACAGCAUGCCGGAUGGAAUGUUGUGUGGCGAAAAUGAGACGUGCUUACGAGGCUUUUGCGGAAAUCAUAACUGGACUGAGAUAAAGCGCCUUCAUGGCACUCUACGGACGUUUCGGGACAUUUUGUGAAGUGGCCGCAUUAUAUACGCAGUUUUAAUUGUUUCUUAGAAGGCAGCAAAGCCUUAGCCACGUCUAUGGUGGAAAGUGCCUUCCAAUAGCGGACAGUUUAUUCCUCCAGAGGCAUGAAAUAGACAGUGCAGGAGGAUAAGUAAUCAAUCUUUUUUUGAACGCAAGAGCGUUAUUUCAACACUGCUUUGCCGGCACAGAAGUCAUCCUGCUAAAACACAACAACCAUACGACAAUAGCCUCGGAGAAAAUAAAGAACAUCUCAUUGCUGUGUCAUUUUCGGACA